AUGGAUUUCAACAGCAUGGAUUUCAAUGCCCCGCUGGUAAAGGUGGUUAUACUAGGUUUCGCAGCCAUUGGAUUACUCUCUGUCUCCAGAAAAGUAGUCAGCUACAUCCGCCUUCUCCUAAGCCUUUUCGUGCUCAGCGGAAAGAACCUGCGAGCAUACGGCAAAAAGGGCACCUGGGCUGUCAUUACUGGCGCCUCGGACGGAAUUGGCAAGGAAUAUGCCAUCCAGCUUGCGCAGAAGGGCUUCAACCUUCUACUCGUCUCCCGCACGCAAUCAAAACUCGACACGCUCCGCCAGGAAAUCGAACACAAAUAUGCGGGCUCAGCAGUCAAGGUCAAAGUGCUAGCAAUGGAUUUCGCCAAAGACGACGAGAAGGAUUAUGCGGCCUUGCAGGCGCUCGUCAAUGACCUUGAUGUGGGCAUCUUGAUCAACAAUGUUGGAUUAAGUCACAGUAUCCCCAUACCAUUCAUAGAGACACCCAAGGAGGAAAUCAGGGACAUCAUUGGCAUAAAUUGCCUUGCUACGUUGAAAGUCACUCAGAUUGUCGCUCCUGGCAUGGUGAAGAGGAAGAAGGGCCUGAUUCUCACAAUGGGCUCCUUCGGUGGCUGGAUUCCUAUCCCGCUGCUUGCUACCUAUUCUGGCAGUAAGGCAUUCCUGCAACAUUGGUCGACGGCUCUGGGAGGUGAGUUGAAGGGCAGUGGUGUGGAUGUUGAGCUGGCACUGAGCUAUCUGGUUACUACUGCUAUGAGCAAGAUCCGCAGAUCGAGCGCCCUGAUUCCCAACCCAAGGCAAUUUGUCCGGGCGACGUUGGGGAAAAUUGGACGAAGUGGAGGUGCGCAGAAUAUGGCGUAUACGAGCUCCCCGUGGUGGACCCAUGGUUUGAUGCAGUGGUGGUUGGAGAACACGCUUGGUAUUGGAAGUGGGCUUGGGCUGCAGUUCAACAGGGUGGAGCAUGAGAAAAUAAGGAAGAGAGCUCUGAAGAAGGCAGAAAGGGAGGCGAAAAAGGUUUGA